UUUAACAGCCAUAAGUAAAUGUCGCUACUGCUGGCUAAAGCUACGUUAGCUCGACGGCGCUAGCGUUAGCCAGGCGGCGUGAUACGUUGUAUGGAUGUAGCUAACGAUAACACACGGUUUACUGACAACAUGCAGGCUUCAUGUGGUUCAGAGGACUAACACAAAUCUGCUGAGGGCAAAUCAUGUGGACAAAGGUCUCCCCGACAGUGGUUUCAUAAUAGCUGUAGCGGAUAAUGGCAUUGUUUAUAGCGAAGGGCUACGUCUGGUUGAGGCUGUGUGCUGGACUGAUGUGUAGCAUUCUGGCGCCAUCUAACGUUACUGUUGUAGCUUCGCAGGACUACUGUAACUUCAAUACAAUAGUGAGGGACAGCCGUUCACUAGUUCCUGGAGACCAAGGUGCUCUCUUCACUUACUUUUUGUCCCAUCAGCUAUACAAAACUACUCUAAUUCAUUAGUCAUAUUGCAGAAAAGCAAAAACAGCAAAGACCAGAGCAUGAGCAUAGCACGACAAGUCCUGAAUUGCUUCAAGUUUGCAUGUCGUUCAGCUAACAUAAGCUGCAGACGAAGGUUGUGUACUUCACAGCGUACAAUGACCUCACGGCACACUCACUCAAAGAGAAUUGAAGGACUGGAUAAGAAUGUCUGGGUGGCGUUUACAUCAUUGGCAGCAGACCCAUCCGUUGUGAACCUGGGCCAAGGCUACCCAGACAUCCCUCCACCUUCUUACGUCAAGCAGGCCCUAGCAGAGGCGGCAUUAGUGGACAGGAUGAACCAGUACACCAGAGGCUUUGGUCAUCCAUCUUUGGUGAAGGCCCUUUCUCAGGUUUAUGGGAAGGUCUACGGGCGCCAGAUCGACCCCUUCAAAGAAAUCCUGGUCACAGUAGGAGGUUAUGGUUCUUUAUUCAGCACCAUGCAAGGACUAGUGGAAGAGGGAGAUGAGGUCAUCAUAAUAGAGCCUUUUUUCGAUUGCUAUGUACCCAUGGUGCGAAUGGCAGGGGCCAAGCCUGUGUUGAUACCGUUACGCCUUGUGAAAGUCCGGAAAAAGACCAUCACAAGUGCCGACUGGUUUCUUGACCCAGAUGAGCUUUCCACUAAAUUCAACUCUAAGACAAAGGCCAUCAUCAUCAACACCCCCAACAAUCCUAUUGGGAAGGUUUUCACCAGAGAUGAGCUGCAGAUGAUUGCUGACCUCUGUAUUAAACAUGACACACUGUGCUUCAGUGAUGAGGUUUAUGAGUGGCUCGUCUACAGGGGACACCAACAUAUCAAAAUUGCCACUCUGCCUGGAAUGUGGGAUAGAACAAUCACUAUCAGCAGUGCAGGGAAAACAUUUAGUGUUACUGGGUGGAAGCUUGGUUGGUCUAUAGGACCUGAACACUUGAUAAAGCAUCUUCAGACCGUCAUGCAGAAUACUCUGUACACCUGCCCAACACCUUUACAGGAGGCCGUGGCACAAGGUUUGCUCAGGAACUUUGAUCUUAUGGGUCAGCCUGAGUGCUACUUCUCCUCACUGGCAGAAGAACUCGAGGGCAAGAGGGACCGCAUGGCUGCCAUUGUGAAAGAGGCUGGUAUGACUCCCGUCAUCCCAGAGGGAGGCUAUUUCAUGCUCGUGGAUGUCACAUCUCUCAAUCAGGACCUGUCACACAUACUCGAUGAUGAAGCAUAUGACUACAAGUUUGUGAAGUGGAUGAUUAAAGAAAAGAAACUGGCAGCCAUUCCAGUCACAGCGUUUGUUGGAGAUGAGUCCAAGAAGCAGUUCGAGAAAUAUAUUCGCCUUUGCUUCAUUAAGCAAGAUAGUACUCUGGAUGCAGCAGGGGAAAUCUUAAAAAACUGGAGUAAGGUUUAAUGCACAGUCUGAAGACUCUGUGGUCAAACUGAAGGAACAGCAUUUGACUACAACAUUACGCACAAACUGGAAACUGGUAAAAUGUUGAUAGUGACAUCAGCAGUAGUAAAAUCCUGUAUCCUGAUUUAAGGGAGAGAAUCCUCAAGUCAACGUAGCUGAAAUGGAUUGUUCUGAUAUAUCAACUAAGGCAGUGGUUCUUAACCUUUUUCAUUAAGGGGCCCCUUAAGUUUGGGCAACAUGAGCAAUUUGGAGGAAGUUCUCGCAGAUUAUUUCCUUUGAAGCAUCAGAGUUUUUGUUUUCCUGAUGUUUUUAGGAACUUUUCUCUUCAAUUAACUGUCUAUAUUAUGUAUAAAUUUAGUGUUAUCUUCUCCCUAAAACUUAACUUAAAUAAUAAUCUAAACAUUGAAAAUUACAAUUCCAUUUAGUUUUCUUUACAGAAAUGAAUAAAACGCUAGGAUGAUGUAGGCCUGCUGUAUAUAUUUGUAAAGUUUUUCUUACACCCCUUAAAAUCUAGAAGGCCUUGUGAACCCUGUGAAGCUAUGGCAACUUCUAGUGGGGGUCCCAACCACCAGGUUGGGAACCACUGCCCAAAGGUGUGAAGUGAGAUGUAGUUUUUAUCCAUUAUCCUAUUGUGGAUGUGCACAACUCCUUAUGCCUUCCUAUUUUCAUACUGUAUAGACUUAGUAUUUUUAUAUUUGCAUAGGGAUUUAACAUUAAACUUUGACUGAGGCUCUCUGCUGUAACUGUGCCCUGUCUUUAAUUUCCAAUAAAACCAUGAAACCCAGACACAGGUCCUGGGUUGAACUGCUGUGUGGCACUGAUUGUGACAAGGUGUAUUUUUUGUUUUGGUACUAUAAUAGUCCCAGAUAGUGUUAAGCCUGGACAUUGCCGGGGGUUCAUAUUUGGCUUCUAUCCCUCCACUUCUUUCCAUGGGCUAUUUUCAGUAUAGCUAAAUGGCAUAGCUGGACAAUAUGACUAGUAAGCCACCAUAAAAUUGCUUUAAGAAAGGGUUUCCCUAAUAAGAACAGUGAUUUAGAGUUGACCAUUAUUAAACAUUAAAUGUUUAUUAUAUAUAGUAAAAACUGAAAGAACCUGUAUAAGUUAUGUCAAUAUGAAUAAAAUGUCAUUAUGUA